AUCCAACAAAUGCGCUGCAGAGAAAGAACAACACCCUGGUUGACGAAUUGUACAAAAGCAAAAUUAUUGACUACAGAGGUAAACAACAACUCGUAUGCACAGCAGCGAUUGCACCACGACUUUACGGAUUACCAAAGAUCCACAAACCUGACUUGCCCUUAAGGCCAAUUUGUUCGUCCAUCAAUGUUCCGUGUUAUGGUUUGUCCAAAUAUGUAGAUUAAAAGAUAAACUGGAUAAAGUAAAAGUAAGUGAGGAAGAAUUGCUGGUGUCUUUUGAUGUGGUAUCGUUGUUUACCAACAUUCCGAUACCCUUAGCCAUUAAUAUCAUAAUGUCAAAAUGGAGCACAAUAAAACAGUCGACGAACAUCGCCAAAAACAAAUUUCUAAAUAUCCUAAAUUUAUGCCUGAAGGAUAAUAAUUAUUUCGCGUGCAACGAAAAAUUCUACAUUCAAACCUUUGGAAUGCCAAUGGGAAACCCUCUCUCACCCACUAUUGCUGACAUUAUAAUGGACGAUUUACUGAACGCAACUAUGAUAGAACUUAAAGAAAUCUAUAAAAUUGAUAUACAAUUUAUAGUAAAAUAUGUGGAUGACAUUUUUGCCAUAGUUAAACGAAAGGAUGUGGACAUUAUAUUGAAAACACUCAACAAAUAUCAUCGAAAAUUGCAGUUCACAAUAGAAACAGAGGCAAAUUUCCGGAUCCCAUUUUUAGACGUUAUGAUCCAUAGAAGAAAUGACUCUUUAAUACUUGACUGGUAUUCGAAACCUACAUCCUCGGGACGUUUAAUAAAUUAUUUGUCGUCACAACCCUCUAAGUACAAAAUUAAUACUGCUAAGAACUUAAUUAAUAAGAUACUAAAAAUAAGCCAUCAACAAUUUCAUGACACAAAUAUAAAGAAAAUAUUCAACAUUCUUAGAAGUAACAACUACCCGGAGCACAUAAUUCAUAGCCUAGUUAAACAAAUAACAACACAAAUUAAUGACAAACGCAAUAACCCUACGAUCACAACAACUAAUAAUGAGACAAAACGCUACUACAGUGUAACAUACGUACCUAGACUCAGCGAAAAAAUUGAUCGCAAGAAAUACACUAACAACCAAAAUACAAUACUAGCAUACCGAUCAAAUCACACGUUGUCUUCAGUAUUUACCAAAACAAAAACUCCAAUAGAGCCGCACCAACAAAAUAACGUAGUGUACGAAAUAACAUGCGAAGGAAGUGAAAACGAAAAGUGUAAUAAAAUUUACAUUGGAACGACAAAAAGGCCGCUUGCAGUUCGCUUAUCGGAGCAUGAAGCGGACAUCAAGAAGAACAAGAGCAACACGGCACUAUCACAACACAUAUCAGCAAGCGGACACACAGCUGAUCUAACUAAAACGAAAAUAAUAGACAAAGAAAAGAGGGAGAGAACAAGAUUCACGUUGGAAAGCUUACGGAUAUUACAGAAGAGGGACAAGACAAUGAACAAAAAGGAAGACACGGAUGACAUCGCGACUGCUUAUUUAUUAUGUUUAUAGCUAAAAUCAACAGUAUGACAAGUGUACCACACGACGUUGGUAUCGAUACGGACCAAUUAGUUUAAGUUUUUGUGUUAUUUAUUUGUUUAUAUAUGUACGUGAAUUUUGAAACUCGUGUUCAUAUGUAAGUGCAAAAUUUUAAAAAUCCUUUAAAAAUCUGUGAUUGUUUUUUAUUAUUGUUUGUAGAACUGUUCACACAUUUUUUAUGUCAUUACUAAUUUUAAAUUGUAUGUCUAUUUAUAUGUAUGUUGAUGUGAAAAUAAAAGGAGAAUAAAACACCCCUGAAGAUGCUAAGGAUUUUAGCGAAACGUCGGGUAAAAACGUGAAGAACAGUGUUUUCUUGCACAUAAAAGGGAUCAAUAAGCCUAUGAAAUACCUAAAAUAAGAUAACAAAAAUUGAUCAUCAACUAAUAAUCAAAUUGUAUAAUCUCGGAAGGCCUGCCGAAGUAUAUAUUUUUUCUUUUUAUUAAACAUCAACGAAGAAUCACAAUAACAAACAUGAAGGACUUCUACAAACAUAUGAA